AUGGCUAGCGAAAGAGCCGCCAAUCUACGCGCGCGCAACAUUGCCGACGUUGAAUCUCCUGCAAACUCUCAUGGCCGCAAAAGAUCUAUCAUCACUAUUGAUGAACUGAACGAAGCUGACAAAGCUCUGGCUGAGCAGUUUGGCUACAAGCCUGUCUUCAAACGAGAAUUUGGUUAUCUUUCGACCUUUUCUUUCGCCGUCAGUAUUAGCGGCUUGUUUGCGACAGUCGCAACCACUUUUUCCUUCCCCAUUACCGCCGGAGGUUCUUCCGCCGCCGUAUGGUGCUGGCUAAUUUCCGGCGCUGGGUGUAUGUGCAUCGCCUGCUCGGUUGCCGAACUGGUUUCCGCCUAUCCAACCUGCGGUGGCCUCUACUACACCGUCUCCCGCCUCGCUCCUAAGGAAUGGAUCGCCUCCAUCUCCUGGGUGGACGGCUGGGUCAACUUGCUCGGCCAAGUCGCCGGAGUUGCUUCCUCAGAGUAUGGCUCCGCUCAGUUGCUCCUAGCAGCAGUCAGUAUGGCCACCGAUUUCAAAUGGACCGCUUCGACCGGCGAUACUGUCGGCGUUAUGGCUGCUCUAACUGUCCUUUGCGGCCUUGUCAACUCUCUCUCGACUCACUGGUUGGAGCGAAUGACUAAGACAUAUGUGAUCUUCCAUAUAUUGAUAUUGGUCUCCUGCUGUAUUGCGCUCCUUGCAAAGACUAAACCCUCUCUUCGUCACGAUGCGGAUUACGUCUUCACUGACGUCCAAAACUCAUCCGGAUGGACCCCGAUUGGAUGGUCAUGGAUGUUCGGUUUCCUGUCGGUUUCUUGGACUAUGACCGACUACGACGCUACGGCACACAUCACGGAGGAAAUAAACGAGCCCGAGGUCAAAGCUCCUUGGGCUAUUUCUGGUGCCAUGCUCUUCACCUACCUGGGCGGAUUUCUCUAUAAUAUCGUCCUGGCUUUCUGUAUGGGAGACGUUUCAAAUAUUCUCAACUCUCCCAUUGAACAGCCCGUUGCCCAGAUCUUCUACAACUCGCUUGGAAAGAGUGGUGGAGUGUUCUACACCAUCUGCGCAUUCAUCAUCCUGCAGUUCGUCUGCUUUACGGCGACCCAGGCCCUCGCGCGCACCGUCUUCGCCUUCUCGCGCGACCGCCUCGUCCCCGGCUCCAAUCUUUGGACUAGGAUUGAUAAAAGGUCUGGCACGCCGAUAUACGCUGUCUGGUUCUCCGUCUUCUGGUGCAUCGCCAUCAACCUGAUCGGACUGGGCUCGUACACGGCGAUUUUGGGUGUCUUCAACGUCUGCGCCAUUGCGCUCGACUGGUCCUACAUCAUCCCGAUCGCGUGCAAGCUGGUGUUUGGGCAGUUCCGGCCCGGGCCGUGGCACAUGGGCAAGCUGUCGUGGUGGGUCAACGUGUGGGCAUGCCUGUGGACGCUGUUCGUCUCGGUCAUCUUCCUCUGCCCGACGGAGCGCCCAGUCACGCCCCAGAAUAUGAACUGGGCGGUUGUUUAUCUUGUGGGCAUCUUCGCGGCCGCGGCGGCGUAUUGGUAUGCUGGUGGACGAAAGUGGUAUACCGGGCCGCUUGUGGAGACGGAGGGCGUUGUGGCUGGCGAGGGCGUGCUUGUACGGGACGAGGCCCGUGGGGAGAAGCAGAGGCAGGGUGCGGCUGAUGAUGCGGGGGUGAAGCAGGGAUGA